CACAUAUUUCAAUUUGAUAUAUUUUAUGCGCUUAUGGUCUAUACAAUUACUCAUUUUCAGUGACCGGAUUAAUCAUAUGAAAAUGGAAAACAUAUAUUUUUUCAUCGUGAUAUGUUUUACCUCCUUAUUAUUCGCGAGUUCUCAGGAUCCAAAAAUUACAAGCAGUCUGGGUGAAAUUGUUGGAAAAAUAAAAUAUAUAACAUUAGGAUUAUCCAACCAUACUGUGCACGAAUACCUCGGCAUUCCCUUUGCCAAACCUCCAGUUGGUGAUCGAAGAUUUCGUAAACCAGAACCCCUGUCGUCACUGACUUCGCCGUUUUAUGCACAGAGCUCUGGCGCCAUAUGUCCACAAAUUGCUACUCUAGUGACUUUAAACGACACACAGAGCGAGGAUUGCUUGUACCUUAACGUAUAUGUACCUGAUCAACGGGCUGAUAAACCAUCCGGACACGCUGUAAUGGUUUGGGUAUAUGGAGGUGGGUUUCAAGAAGGAGCUGGAAGUCAUUAUGAUUUCUCUAUCCUCUCUGUAACAGGUAACAUAAUUGUUGUCACUAUUAACUACAGGGUCGGCGUAUUUGGUUUCCUCAGUACUGGUGAUGAUAACGCGCUCGGCAACUACGGCCUAUGGGACCAACAUUUGGCUUUGAAAUGGGUCAAUGAUUACAUUAAAGACUUCGGUGGAGACAAUCAAAGAGUAACACUUGCUGGUGAGUCAUCGGGUGCUAUGAGUGUUGGUCUACACGCGCUUGCCCCAGUCAAUCGGGGACUGUUCCAGAGAAUUAUUGCACAAAGUGGAAGCAUGACCGCACCUUUUCUAAACAUGGAAAGGGGCGGAUUUGAAAAUGUGUUAACCGUAGCUGACAGCCUAGGAUGUAAAACCGACACGGUUGAUCAGUUAAUGCACUGUUUAAGGGAGAAAAGUGUAGAUGAUUAUAUAAACGCUUUAAAACGACUAGAUCCAGGACGAGUUAUUUUUGGCCCAAAGGUAGAUGGAGACUUUGUUAAAAUAAAUCCUCGUGAUAUUGCAAAGCUAUCGGAAAGUCGGCGUUUAGAUGAAGUCGAAUGUUUCCGCUUACUAGAUAUGUUGAGUGGUUUUAAUGCGUAUGAGGGAGCGUCAGUAUUGCAGUACGUGAUGGACCCAGCAACAAUUGAAAAUAUGUAACCAACACUUGAACAAAUGAGAACACAACACGUGCCUGCUUUGAUGAAUCUUCUGUAUCAGACAGCGUUUGCAAAUAAAACUGUGAAAGUCGUCGGGGCUCAAUACACAAACUGGAAGAAUCCUGAUGACUACAAUUCAAUUCGCUUACAGAUUGUAAAAUUGGGAACUGAUGUGACGUACGGAGUACCGGCAGUGGAAAUGGCCCGCCUUCACAGAAUGUCGUCUGCUUCCAGGAACUUCAUGUAUCACUUCGCACCAAAACCAUCCACCCGACUUUUACCCACACCAAGCUGGGUACCAGGAGCAAAUCACGCAGAUGAAUUAUGGUUUAUUUUGGGAGGAUUUGGUGCAGAAAAUGCUUGGGAAACAGACCUCAUGAAAAGAAUGAUGAGAUACUGGACAAAUUUCGUCAA